CAUUUGAGAAUUAAAAUAAAAUUGUCGGCGUCACCAGCCCUAAUCUAUUUCCGCCGCCACGAACACCGCCGGAAGCCGUCCGACCCCAUUCUAGCCCGCCGUUCCGUCCGAUAAAUCGCCGCCACGGUGCGCGUGAGCCGCAUAUAUCUCCGUUCCGUCGGAUAAAAAUCGCUUCUUUUAUUAUUUCAGAACACGCCAGCCGCUAUAUGCCUCCGUUCCGGCUCCGCUAACCCCGCUCCGGCCGAUACAGCGGCGUUCCGGCGAGCCAUGUAAUUCUUAUGCAGAUAAGAUGAAAGUUGUUUCCACCGUGAGCCGCCGGCACUUACUCUCUGCAGAAUCGGCACCAUCUUUGAUUCAGUUCAUCACCCCUUUAACAUCAAGCAGAGCAGACACCCCUUCUGCAGAAUCAGAUACUACAAUCAGAGAAUCUCCUAGAAAGAGAAAAUACAUUAAUCACGAAACUGCCAUCAAUUUGAUCAAACGCGAGAAGAAUCCAGAACAAGCGUUGGAAAUCUUCAACAAGGUGUCGGCACAAAAGGGCUUUUGUCAUAACAACUCCACUUACGCUGUAAUUCUCCAUAAGCUUGCGCAGUGCAAGAAUUAUCAAUCCGUCGAUGCCGUUCUUCAUCGGAUGUCGUACGAAACCUGCGAAUUCCACGAGGGCGUGUUCCUCAAUCUCAUGAGGCAUUUCUCGAAAUCGUCUAUGCACGAGAGGGUGAUCGAAAUGUUCGACUCCAUUGUGCCGAUUGUGCGUUCGAAGCCGUCCUUGAAAGCCGUGAGUACGUGUCUUAAUCUUCUGGUCGAGGCGGAUCGAAUCGAUUUGGCGAAGACUUUCCUAUUGAGUACUCGAAAGGACUUCCGUCUUGAGCCCAAUACGUGUAUCUUCAACAUUUUGGUCAAGCAUCAUUGUAAGAAGGGGGAUUUGGAAUCGGCUUUCGAGGUUUUGAAAGAGAUGGAGAAAGCUCAAGUGUCGUAUCCGAACUUGAUCACGUACUCGACUUUGAUAGACGGUCUCUGCAGAAACGACAGAUUAGAAGAAGCAAUCGACCUGUUCGAGAAAAUGGUGUCGAAGCAUCAGAUACCGCCCGAUGCAUUGACUUAUAACGUACUAAUCAAUGGAUUUUCUCGCGGAGGGAAAUCCGAUAGAGCGAGGAAGAUACUCGAAUUUAUGAAGAAAAAUGGAUGCAGCCCUAAUGUAUUCAACUACUCGUCCUUAAUGAACGGGCUUUGCAAAGAUGGAAAAUUUGAAGAAGCGAAGAAAAUUUUCGACGAGAUGAAAGAUGCUAAUUUGAAGCCCGAUACUGUUCUCUACACUACGUUGAUUAACUUUUUGUGUAGGGCACGCAGAACCGACGAAGCUAUUGAGCUGCUUAGAGAGAUGAGAGAGAAAGACUGCAGAGCGGAUGAGGUCACAUUUAACGUAAUUCUUGGUGGGUUGUGCAGGGAGUGCAGAUUUAUCGAGGCGAUUAACAUGGUCGAGAGAUUGCCCAACGACGGUGUUUAUCUUAACAAGGCUAGUUAUAGGAUCGUGUUGAAUUUCUUGUGCAAAGAAGGCGAACUCGAGAAGGCGGUCGAGUUGUUGAUUUUGAUGCUGCAUAGGGGUUUUGUUCCGCAUUUUGGUACGUCGAAUGAGUUGUUGGUUAGUCUUUGUGAGGCGGGAAAUGCGAAUGGUGCUGGUUUAGUGUUGUUUGGUUUGGUGGAGACGGGGUUUAAACCGGAGCCCGGUACGUGGAGCGUGCUGAUUGAUUUGAUCUGUAGAGAGAGAAAGCUUUUGCCCGCUUUUCAACUUCUUGACGGGCUUGUUAUGGAUUGAUCGUGGUUUAUAAAUCGGUGUAAAUUAGCCGUUCGAAAAAAAGGGGUUCUACGAAAGGGACCAAAAGGAUAUAAGGUCCGAUUAAUCUUGCAAGCAAAGGCUGCAGCAGAACUAAUGUUUGUUUUUUUUCGUCACGGAAGAGGGUGUUAUAUUUGAAUCGAUAUUAUUGUUGUUGAUAUUUCGUUCGAUUCAUAAAAUUCGAGAAUAUCGGCAAAAAUAAUCGGAAGCUUGGGCAGUUGCAAAUGAGGAAGCCGCCAAGUGUGAAUAGGGAGAGGAACUAAUACAAGCAUUCGAAUUCAAAGGUAAUAAUACAGUUGAACCUCGAUAAACUAAUAACCUCGCUUAAACAAUAGUUUUUCUGAUCCCGUCUCGAUGAAAAACCUACUAAAUUAUUAGUUUGAUAAUUUAACAUUUUGCUAAAUUAAUAAAAUUUUGC